AUGGCGACAACCACCACAACAAGCAGUCUAACUGACGGCGGCGGAGGAGCAGGCGGCGGAGCAGACGAUCGCGUCAUGGCAACAGCACAGCAGAUCGUGAACAGUUUAAACACUUCAAAAAACGUUCGUGAAGACAUGUUAUUAAUCCUUUCUAGUUUCGAUAACCGUUUAUCGAACAUAUCGGAUUUAAUCAAAACCGAUUCGAACUCUCAAUCCUUAAUUUUAGAAGCCGCCGAGAAGAUCAUUCUCCGGUCAGACUCCGGCAUAUCCUGCACCGUCGGUGCUCUGUCUUGGGAUGAGUCACCGGAGGAAGCUAGGGAUUAUUUAUCUGCUGUUGAUGAGAUUCUUGAUAUGUUGGAUAACUUAUCGCUCCGGCCUGAUUCGGAGGUUUUGGACCGGGCGGAGACUGCGGUUCAAGUGGCUAUGUCGAGAUUGGAAGACGAGUUUAGGCAUAUUUUGAUAAGGAAUACAGUUCCGCUUGACGCAGAGAGGUUGUAUGGAUCUAUUCGGAGGAUUUCGCUUUCGUUUGCGGCGAAUGAAGGGGAAAUUGAUGAGGAAUUUGAGAGUUUUGGAGAAGUGGAGACUGAGAGUGUUUGUUAUCAUGAGAGAGGAGCAAGUUUAGGAGAUGAUUUGUGUGUUGAUUUGAUUCAUGCCGAGGCGGUUAUGGAUUUGAAAGAGAUUGCUGAUAGAAUGAUACGAUCCGGGUAUGAGAAAGAGUGCGUGCAGGUUUACAGUAGUGUGAGAAGGGAUGCUUUGGAUGAGUGUUUGGGUAUUUUGGGUGUUGAGAAGUUGAGUAUCGAGGAAGUGCAGAAGAUAGAGUGGAAGUCUUUGGAUGAGAAGAUGAAGAAGUGGGUUCGGGCGAUUAAGAUUGGUGUUAAGGUUCUUUUGAGUGGAGAGAGAAGGCUUUGUGAUGUGAUUUUUAGCGGGUCGGAUUCGGCUAGGGAAGUUUGUUUUAAUGAGACUGCAAAAGGGUGUUUGAUGCAGAUGUUGAAUUUUGCAGAGGCAGUGUCUAUUGGGAGAAGGUCGUCCGAGAAGUUGUUUAGAAUUUUGGAUAUGUAUGACGCGUUGUCUGUUGUUUUCCCGGAUUUGGAGGCUAUGGUUACAGAUGACUUUGUUUGUGGUGAGGCAAAAGGAGUGUUGGCGGGAUUGGGAUUCGCCGCCAAAGGGACUUUUAUGGAGUUUGAGAAUGCUGUGAAAAGUGAGACUUCUAGGAAGCCUAUGUCAGGUGGAGAGAUUCAUCCACUUACACGGUAUGUUAUGAAUUAUGUGAAAUUGCUUGUGGAUUAUAGUGAUACACUGAAUUCACUUUUGGAGAACGACGAUGAUGACGAACUAAAUGGAUUGCAAAACGACGAUGGUGAGAGAUUGCAGUUAGAAAGCAUGGCUCCUAUAACAAGGAGAUUGUUGGCCUUGUUAUCAACUUUGGAGUCUAAUCUUGAGGAGAAAUCGAGACUGUAUGAGGAUGGUGCUAUGCAGUAUAUAUUUCUUAUGAAUAAUAUUCUGUACAUGGUGCAAAAAGUUAAGGAUUCAGAGCUUAUUAAGAUUUUGGGAGAUCAAUGGGUCCGCAAACACCGUGGCCAAAUACGCCAGUAUGCUACGGCUUAUCUUAGGGCUGCGUGGAGUAAGGCCUUGGCAUGCUUGAAGGAUGAAGGGAUUGGGGGAGUUCAAAUAAUGCCCCCAAAGUGGCUUUGA